AGACUAAGAGGGACAUGGGACGGAGCACAAAAUGAAGAAUGUGUGUGUGUGUGUGUGUGAGAGAGAGAGAGAGAGAGAGAGAGAGAGAGAGAGAGAGAGAGAGAGAGAGAGACAGAGAGAGAGAAAGAGAGAGAGAGAGAGAGAGAGAGAGAGAGAGAGAGAGAGAGAGAGAGAGAGAGAGAGAGAGAGAGAGAGAGAGAGAGAGAGAGAGAGAGGAAAAGGGAGGAGAAGGGGAGGGAACCGAAAGCGGAGGAGGCUGGUGAAGCAGGUCCCGACUGGUGCUGGGUGAGGCCAGGCAAGCAAGCGAGAGCUUGUGUGCCUGUGCCUGGCGGCUGACUGCGGUGGUCUUGCUUCCGCCUCUGAGCUGCCGGCCCGGGGGCGCCGCUAACCCUGUCUAUGUCUUUUUCUGACUCCAGUGCAACGUUUCUGCUGAACGAGGGUUCAGCAGAUUCCUACACUAGCCGACCAUCUUUGGACUCCGACGUCUCCCUGGAGGAGGACAGGGAGAGUGCACGGCGAGAGGUGGAGAGCCAGGCUCAGCAGCAGCUGGAGAGGGCCAAGCACAAACCAGUGGCAUUUGCUGUGAGGACCAAUGUCAGUUACUGUGGGGUGCUGGAUGAGGAGUGCCCGGUCCAGGGCUCUGGAGUCAACUUUGAAGCCAGAGACUUCCUGCAUAUCAAAGAGAAAUACAGCAAUGACUGGUGGAUUGGGAGACUAGUGAAGGAGGGUGGGGACAUUGCCUUCAUCCCCAGCCCUCAGCGUCUGGAAACCAUCCGCCUCAAGCAGGAGCAGAAGGCUAGGAGAUCUGGGAACCCCUCUGGUGACAUUGGCAACCGCCGUUCCCCUCCCCCGUCUCUAGCCAAACAGAAGCAAAAGCAGGCUGAACAUGUGCCCCCAUAUGAUGUGGUACCCUCCAUGCGACCUGUGGUGCUUGUAGGGCCUUCCUUGAAAGGCUAUGAGGUCACAGAUAUGAUGCAGAAGGCACUCUUCGACUUCCUCAAGCAUCGAUUUGAUGGCAGAAUCUCCAUUACUCGAGUUACAGCUGACCUCUCUUUAGCUAAGCGUUCAGUGCUCAACAACCCAGGCAAGAGAACUAUAAUUGAACGUUCCACAGCCCGAUCCAGCAUUGCUGAGGUGCAGAGUGAGAUCGAGCGGAUCUUCGAGUUGGCCAAGUCCCUGCAGCUGGUAGUGCUGGAUGCCGACACCAUCAACCACCCUGCCCAGCUGGCUAAGACCUCUCUGGCCCCCAUCAUCGUAUAUGUCAAAGUGUCCUCACCCAAGGUGCUUCACCGUCUGAUCCGCUCCCGGGGAAAGUCACAGAUGAAACAUGUGAAUGUUCAGAUGAUGGCCUACGACAAGCUGGUACAAUGCCCGCCGGAAUCUUUUGAUGUGAUCCUGGAUGAAAACCAGCUGGAAGACGCCUGUGAGCACCUGGCUGAGUACUUGGAAGUGUACUGGAGAGCUACCCACUACCCAGCCCCAGGACCUGGCCUGCUGGGCCCACCCAGUGCCAUCCCAGACCUUCAGAACCAGCAGCUGCUCGGGGAGCGAGGAGGAGAGUGCUCCCCCCUGGAGCGGGACAGCCUGAUGCCUUCGGACGAGGCCAGCGAGAGCUCCCAUCAAGCGUGGACGGGAUCUUCCCAGCGCAGUUCUCACCACCUGGAGGACGAGUACACGGACGUCUAUCAAGACCUGUACCAGCCACACCGUCAGCACACGUCGGGGCUGCCUAGUGCCAACGGACAGGACCCUCAAGACAGGCUCCUGGCUCGGAACUCGGAGCAUAAUUACAAUGAAAGGAACUGGCAACGCAACCGGCCUUGGCCCAAGGACAGCUACUGAGCUCCUUCCUCACGCCCUGCCCCGGUCUGUCCAAGGGAGUGGGAUGGGAACUAGGAAGAGCAGGGCACGAGCUGACUGGCAGGUUGGAGUGAAGCUAGCAGUAGGCUGGCACUAGGCGUAGCCCCCAGGUCCCCUUGGCCAGCUCUGGACCCCAGUGCUCCAGGAGCUCGAGGGGGCCCUUUGGCCUUCUGGGCUAAGGACCCCCAGGCUCUCCACUUUCCAAGUACUAGCCGUAUACAGUUCUGUACCCCUGGCACCUUCGUCUUCUCUCCUGCACAAGCCGUCCUCCUUGGGCAGCACCCUCCAGUCCGAGAUUCCUGUAGAAAUGGCUUUCCAUUUCUUCCAGGCUCAGGAAGGCCCCCCCCCAGGUGACUGGGAGAUGGGGAGAAGCCAAGGCCAGGGAGUCUUGGGGGUCUUGGAGUCCUGAAACCACACACGAGAAAUCAGACAAUCACCCCCUAUCCACACCUGAUUCAGUCAGCAAGGUGUGGGGUCAGGUGGGAGUGGAGCCAUCAGCGAAUUAUGUUGGGGAGCAGGGACCACCCGGAAAUGUUGGGGUGCAGUCGACAGGAUUCCCCCAAUCUGUUCGCCCCCCAGAACUGGGCUCUGAGGGAGGUGGGGGCCAACGAGGGUCUGGAGGGGGAGUAGCUGCGUGGAGCAGGUCCCACGCCUCUGCGGGCCCCGCGUCGGCUCCCACAGCUCCUUGAAGUCCUUCUCGGCACGGCCAUGAUCUCCGUGGGCCACGGACCCCCGGCUUCUUCCUGCCUCGUACGCACCACGAUUUUAAGUUAGUUAGGCUGGGGGAAGAGAGGAGGAGCAGGGGUGGGGACUCCUCUGGCUCCUGGGCAUCCUCACUGCAUCCGCCCCACAUGGCUGUCGCUGAGCCAGGCUGAGCCCAUGGCCGCCAUGGUCGUGGCUCCCACCCUGCUGUCAUCACCAAUAAAUGCCACGCACCGCCCCACGGCACCCACCCCA